UAUCCAUGGAUGGUCCAAGUGAAAAUGGUUCAGAGGCAGCUUCACCUGAUGAUAAUGCUUGGGCUGGUUUUCAGUCUGCUGAAGAAGCAUCAACAGCUGAGAAAACUGGUCCGACAAAGCCAGUUGAAAGCAGCCCCCACUUAGCUUCUGCAAUUCAGGAUCUUUUUCUAGAUUCACCCUCAGUAAUGCCUCCUGUUUCAGAGAAACCCAAGAAAGAUGUAACAAAUGAUAUUAUGAGCCUUUUUGUCUACGUAAAUGCUUUGCAUUAUUUAUUUGAAUGGAGGCUUUGGAACUAUGCAACUGGGAAAUUUUUGAAGACUUAUACUGGCCAUGUGAAUUCGAAGUACUGCCUUUCAUCCACAUUUUCUGUAACAAAUGGAAAGUAUAUUGUUAGUGGUUCUGAAGAUAGUUGUCUAUACUUGUGGGAGCUGCAGAGCAGGAAAAUAGUCCAGAAAUUGGAAGGUCAUACCGACACGGUUAUAUAA